AAGUAACAAUUGGUCAAAUUAGCGAUACGGUACGGUUUUCCUCCGUUCUCCGGAUGCGAGUGGAAGCGCCGGCAGCCAACCACCACCGCCUACUCCUCUCAUCGCGGCUCAACUUGAAAAAUUUCGUGUUUUCCUUUCGUACUCAUUAGAAAAGGCCGUUGAACAUGGCUGCAAAGAAAGUUAUAGCAAUAUGUCAGUCAGGGGGUGAGUUUGUCACCAAUAAAGAUGGUUCAUUGUCCUAUAAUGGCGGCGAGGCUUAUGCAAUAGACAUUGAUGAGCAAACAAAAUUGAAUGAUUUCAAGUCUGAAGUAGCAGAGAUGUUCAAUUGUAGUAAGCCCAAGAUGGUUGUUAAGUACUUUCUUCCUAGCAACAAAAAGACACCUAUCACCAUCUCUAAGGACAAGGACUUGCAGCGGAUGAUUAACUUUGUAGGUGAUUCCGGGACCGUAGAUGUUUACAUCAUGUCAGAGGAAGCUGCUGCUCGGAACACCCCCAACAUGCCUGCUAGGAGGUCAAGCAGAAGAAAUGUGGCAGAAGAUGCAGAUCCUGUCCCUGCUCCUGUUGAUGUUCCCAUGGCUAAUGGAAUUGACCAGGGUGAUGUAUACUUGCAAAAUGAGACCCCUAUAAUGUGCACUCCACUUAAUAGAUUGGAUGAGAAACAGGCUGCACAACAGUGGGAGAACACCAUCACUGGUGUUGACCAAAGGUUUGGUAGCAUUAAUGAAUUCCGAGAAGCUCUUCAUAAGUACUCAAUUGCACAUGGGUUUGCAUACAGAUAUAAAAAAAAUGACAGUCGUCGUGUGACUGUCAUAUGCAAGGCUCAGGGCUGUCCUUGGCGGAUAUAUGCAUCAAGAUUGGCAACUACUCAGUUGGUGUCUAUCAAGAAAAUGAACCCAAAGCAUACAUGUGAAGGAGCCACUGCAAAAGCUGGGCAUCGGUCAACAAGGGGUUGGGUAGGAAGUAUUAUAAAGGAGAAACUGAAAACUACCCCAAACUACAAGCCCAAAGAUAUUGCAGACGACAUCAAGCGAGAAUAUGGGGUUCAACUUAAUUAUUCUCAGGCAAGGCGGGCAAAGAAAAUUGCCAAGGAGCAGCUUCAGGGCUCCUUCAAAGAGGCAUAUGCUCUGAUACCAUAUUUCUGUGAGAAGAUAAAGGAGACUAAUCCCGGCAGUAUCGCAACAUUUACCACAAAGGAUGACUCAAGCUUCCAUCGUCUAUUUUUCUCAUUCCAUGCCUCGAUAUCUGGAUUCCAACAAGGUUGUCGACCUCUUCUUUUCCUAGACAGCACUCCUGUGAACUCCAAAUACCAAGCAAAUUUGUUGUCUGCAACCGCUGCAGAUGCUCAGGAUGGUAUUUUUCCUGUGGCAUUUGCCAUAGUAGAUGCUGAGGAUGAAGAAAACUGGCGUUGGUUUUUGCAGGAACUAAAAUCUGCAGCAUCUAUAUCAAGCCAAAUUACAUUUAUUUCAGACUUUCAACAUGGUUUAAAGAAGGCAUUGGCUGAGAUAUUUGAUCAAAGCCACCAUAGCUAUUGUCUGCGUCAUCUUGCUGAGCAACUUAUUAGGGAGUUGAAAGGGCAGUUUUCUCAUGAAGCACGGCGUUUAUUGAUCAGUGACUUUUAUUCUGCUGCUAAUGCACUCACACUUGAUGGAUUUAAGCAAGCUACUGAGAACAUAAAAGCUAUCUCCUCUGAUGCUUACGACUGGGUCAUACAAAGUGAGCCAGAGCACUGGGCAAGUGCAUUCUUCGGGGGAGCAAGGUAUAGUCACACCAGCUCAAACUUUGGGCAUCCGUUCUAUAGUUGGGUGUCAGAGGCAGGAGAGUUGCCCAUAACACAGAUGAUUGAUGUCCUACGAGGUAAAUUGAUGGAGUCUAUCUACAAGCACCGAAUAGAAGCUGGUCAAUGGACAACAAAAUUAACCCCAUCUAAUGAGGAGAAGUUGCAAAUGGAAACUGCAGUUGCACGCUCAUUUCAGGUAUUACUUACACAGGGUAAUGUAUUUGAAGUUCGUGGGGAAUCCGUUUAUGUUGUUGAUAUUGAUCAUUGGGACUGUAGCUGCAAGGGGUGGCAACUAACUGGUCUACCAUGCUGCCAUGCUAUUGCUGUCUGUGAAUGCAUUGGUAAGAGCCCAUAUGAUUUCUGCUCCAGAUACUUCACAACUGAGAGUUACCGCUUAACAUAUGCAGAGUCAAUUUACCCCGUCCCAAAUGUAGACCUGCCAGACCCAGAUGAAUCUGCUGAACCAGCAAUAAUUGUGACUCCACCACCAGCUAAGUCCCAACAAGGUCGGUCAAAGUCAAAGCCAACUGAGUCCAUAGACAUGACAAAACUGAAGCUCCAAUGUAGCAAGUGCAAGGGCCUUGGCCAUAACAAAAGGACUUGCAAAGAAUCAACUCAAUCAAGUGAAAGUGUUGGAACAGAUGAACAGUGAAAGUAGGUCCCCUAGUCAUCAGCAUUGACCAGUUGUCUGAACUUUGAUACUUUUAGUUGCUUAUCUAGGCUUUGUCCAUGUGUUGUAGGAUUUUUCCAUGCCUUUGAGGGUUUUACUUGCGCCCCGGUUAUUCUUAUUAUUAUAAUAAUUAUUAUUACUGGAUGUUUAUUACUUCUAUGCAUGGAAUUUUAUUGUU